AUGGAUGCAUGGAGAAAAGAGAAGGAAAAAUACAAUGAAGAAAAAGGAAUAACAUUUAAAAGGCAGAAGAUAAAUGAGGAAGAAGACACUUGGAUCAAUAAUACCAUGUGUCAAGGAGCGGAUAGUAUGUACAAUGAGGAGAAAAGUGUUCAUAAAAGUGAUAUAAACAUAAAGGGGAAAGGAUACCAUAACAUCUAUGAAAAUAAUAACUUUAUUAAUGAGAAUUAUUUAAAUGCACACAGCAAUGAAUUGAAUAAAGAAAAAGAAAUAUCAGCAUCUUAUAGUAAUGCUCCUAUUGAUUAUCGUGACGACACAUUUCCUCACGUAUCCUCCAAUAGUGUGCAUAAGACCAGGCGCUAUCCUUCCAAUGAAGGGAGUGAUAUUAAUCACAGUACAUACGAUGCACACAAUUUUGAUAAAGAAUUGGGAAAAACAGUUGAAAAUAGAAGAAGUAAUGGAAAUAGUAGAAACAAUAGAAGGAAUAGAAGGAAUAGAAGCAAUGGAAGCAAUGGAAGCAAUGGAAGCAAUGGAAGCAAUGGAAGCAAUAGAAGCAAUAGAAGCAAUAGAAGCAAUAGAAGCAAUAGAAGCAAUAGAAGCAAUAGAAGCAAUAGAAGCAAUAGAAGCAAUAGAAGCAAUAGAAGCAAUAGAAGCAAUAGAAGCAAUAGAAGCAAUAGAAGCAAUAGAAGCAAUAGAAGCAAUAGAAGCAAUAGAAGCAAUAGAAGCAAUAGAAGCAAUCGAAGCAAUAGAAGCAAUAGAAGCAAUAGAAGCAAUAGAAGCAAUAGAAGCAAUAUAGGCUUCUCUACCCCCCCCUUGCGCAACAACGUUAGUGACACGUACAAAGUGUUGAUUAACAUUUGUUUGAAUGAAAUUAAAAAAAAUGGAAACAUGGAAGAUGUGAAUGAUGUAUAUGAGGCACUAAAAAAUAAGAACUUGUUAUUCGAUGAUGACAAAAAUGAUGGUUUCGAAUUUGAGGGGAGAGAAGAAUAUAAUCAUAGGAGUAGCAUUACCAGUGAACGAUUUGCAUCUUCCCUGAAUGAUGAAAUCAUUUCGAACGGCGUCCAACUUGUUGAGAUGAAUAAAUUAAGGCAAUACAAGUUGAAUAUCAGGAGGAAUAAAAGGACUAGUAGUUCUAUCAAUAGUAGGAGAAAGUCAAAUGGAAAGAUGAAAAGUCCGUAUGAUCAGGAUGUGGAAAGGGAAAAAAACGAAUCCAUUUUUUUUAAAAAAAUAUAUAACGACAAUGAUCAUAAUGAUGAUGAGGAAAAGGAGAAGCAGAGGGAGGAUGACAAUAAUCACUCUCCUCGAGAUGCAGUUAACCAAAUUCAGAGAAAUCAUACUGACGUGAAAAAGAGUGUCAAAUGUGACAACAAUUUUAUAGAAUCGAAUUAUAGACUUGUAAAUAACACAAAAUUGAUAGGAGAAUCGAGGGGACAAAGGGAGAGUAUGAUUAGUAGACGCUGUGGAGUUAGUGAUAAAACUUCCCAAUGGAAGUGCCAGUCCACGCAAAUGGCUAAUCAUGAUUAUUGUGAUAAUGAAAUCAGUAAGCAUAAUUCCGAGCGUCGCAAUGCUCAGCGGCACAAUCCACAGCAGCACAAUCCCAAGCGGCAGAAUGAUUUGAAAGGAAACUCAGGAGGAAUGUUGGAAAAUUCCAUCUCAAGUUCAAAGACGAAUCAGUUAUCAGAUGAUGAUAGCCCUAUGACUUAUUUUUCAAAAAAGAAAAAGCUAAAAACAGGGAACGAAGAAAAUUAUAAUCACAGUGGUAAUAAUGACAGAAUUUCCCAUAAUCACAGAGAUGAUGGAAACUUUGAUCAAGAGAUAUCAAAUCAGAAUAUUUUGGAAAAGGAAAAAACAAGGGAUAAAAUUGAAUCGGAUAUGUACAAUAUUUUCAAAGGAUUAAUAAACAUGCUAACGUGUAAAUAUCCAGAACAUAACAUAAAGGAAUUUUUUUUUAAUAGUCAAGAUAGACUAAAAGCAGAAUAUGAAGAUAAUAAAAGUAGAUCCAUACAAAUAACAAGCUACGAAUCUAACAAAUGUAAUAAUAUUUAUACCAAAAUAAAGCAUGAAUUAUAUUAUACAACUAAGAAUACGAAAAAAAGAAAUCAUAUAAUAAAUACAAGGCACAAAUUUGAUAUAUUUAACUAUUGCAUAAAACAUAUUAAAAGGAACAUAACUAUUUUGUCUCAUUUUAUACCAAAUAAAAAGGAUUAUAAAUUUAUUACUAAAAUGAGAUUUAAUAAUAACUGUGAAAAUAUAAUUACUUCUGGAAAAGAUGGGUAUAUAAAAAUUUAUCAUGUUAUGACAGGAAAUUUAAUAUUAUGUAUUAAAGCACAUCGGAAUGCUAUUACUGAUUUUGAUAUCCAUCGAUCAGACAAAUACAUCCUCUCAUGUGACGAAAAAGGUACUGUAAAAUUCUGGUUAAUAGAUAAAUAUAAAUCUAAAAUUUUAUUUACAUAUAGAAGAACAUUUCUCAUGAAAAAUGUACAGUUCUUUUAUCAUGAAACUAUGAAGUCAAGUAGGCAUAUUAUGUACAAAACUUAUGCAAUAUGCUCAACAAAUUCUUGCUUUUUUAUCAUUAUGUUUGACGAUUUGAAUAAUGAUGCCCAUUUGACAUAUACACUAGAUAUGAAAAUUGGAGUUGUUAAAUUUUUUCCCCAUAUUCAAUUUUCCUACUCUUUGAAUUAUAAUGUAUCUCCUUAUAUUUAUAAUUCUUUGACAAUGUCAAAAAAUCCUAUAAAGGAACUAAAAAAUAGCUAUUUGAUGUUUAUUAAUACGUCGAAUGAAUGUAUUGAUAAGUUUUAUGAACAAAACGAUUUUUGUAAUACCAAUUAUAAAAGGAGAAAAAAAAAACUCAUGUUUUUACUAUUGACAUCUAAACCUUUUUACGAUAGUGAAGAUCAAAAUGACGAAUUGUUAAGCAUUACACCAGAUGAUGUCUUCAUUACAAAGUAUGUAAACAAAAUUGAUGAACGUAAAUAUAAAUGUGCACAAACAGAUGAUGUCGUCGAAUUGAUUUACAAAGGAGAAAAAAAAAAUAAACAAAGAAUGAGUGAUGAAGAUCUUUCUUAUGCUAAAAUUUUUCAAUAUUUUGAAAUUAAUAUAUUACAGAAUAAUGUAAAGAGAGAUAUGGGAUUUUCUAUAUUCAAACGAUUUGAAGAUUUUAAUGAAGAAAUUGUUCUCUUCUCCUUUUCAAACAAUUCGGCUGAUUUUAUUACUGUUCAUAUCAAUGGAUCUAUCUUUCUUUGGCAUUUUCAAAAUUAUAUUGAUUCGUUUUCAUCGUGCAAGCAGCGCGAUCAAAUAUGGAACAGCAAUAGUUGCGACAAGUAUAAUAAGAAAAACAAGAAUAAGAAGGAAGAUGAAAAAAAAAAAAAAAAAGUCAAUGUAUGUUGCUUUUACACCUCUCUUUAUAUUGAAUUUUUUUUGGAAUCUUUAGCUCUGAGCGAAAGUAAUAAAGCAAAAGGGGGAGGAGGAGGAGGAGGGGGCACUGCUGCAGCUAGUACUGGUGUUACAGAUGCAGGUAUGAACAAAAGACAAAAUAUGAGAAUGACAUACAACAAGGCAAAUCCACGACUAAUAAAUCAAAUGAGUAACGUAGUAAACAAACUGAAUAAUGAAAAUGAAUAUGACAAUUUGUUUGUCAUAUCCUCUACAUCUUGCUCCUCGUAUUGCUAUUCUUCUAGUGGAAAUGAACAUAUACCAAAGGUGGUGAAUCGAGAGAAGGAACUAAAAAAGAAAUCAUUCCUUAAAGCUCAGCGUGAAGCGAACAUUAGAAAUAACACAGUAUUGAGAAAAAAAUAUCAAGACUCGAAUGAUAAAACUGGUUUAAUAAAUAACAAUGUAAAUGCACAAUUGAGAGAGGCAAAUAAUAAUGGUAGUGUCAUCAUAGAAAGUGUUGUAAAUAGUAGUGGAAGCGCAAGUGGAAGAAGAAAUCGAAAUGAAAACCACCUUCACACAAACCUGAUUGGAGAAAAAAACAGGGGUCCUCCUCAUUGUGUGUACAAUGAAAAGGCGAAUAAUAAACCAAAAACGAGAGCGAAAAAAUUGAACUAUAAAAUAAGCAAUGUUGCAUUUAACAUUUCAGAUGAAUAUUUAAUUGUAGCAGAUGGAAUAACAAACAAAUCGAAUUCGUCUAAGGAAGAUACAUUCGCAGUUACAAUGAAAACAAACCUUUCCAUAUUUUGUUUAAAAACUUAUGAAGAAAUGAAAAAUUUCGAUUUGAAAAAAUGUAAUAGUUUUGUUAGUUUUAUCAAACCAAAUCCUUUCUUCACUGAUAUAAUUCUCUUCGCAUGCUUUAGGAAAUAUAUAUAUUUAAUGAAUGUUCAGAAAAAAAAAAUUGUUAAAAAAUAUUCAUAUGAUAGUGAAUUAAAAAAUUUAAGUGCAGAUUGGAGCCAAAAUGGUUAUCUAUUUAUUGUAUCACAUAAUUAUGGCUAUUUUUCUAUUUUUACACUAAACCAGAAUGCCUGCUAUAAAUUGACACUAUCUGAACAGAUAACAUCAUAUCAGAUUUGCACAUUUAACGAACCAAGUAUUAACGAUUUAGAUGACAACUAUGAUAAUAUAAACUCUCUUCCAGAUAUUUUCCUAUACAAUUCAUUUGAGAUUAAUAACAUUGAUGAUGCUGUGGAUGUUGUCAGGUACAAUAAUGGAACUGCUAUGACAAACGGCCUCCUCUUCGCGGGUGGAAUGAGUACAUCAUCCAGAGUGAAUAACAGACAAAGAGGUGAAACAGGAGGAACAACUGCAUUAAGAGCAAGAACAACUGUGGGAGUAGCAUCAAGAAACACAGGAUCCACAGAAGGAAUCAGUGGAAGAAGAAGAAACUUUAAUAACAAUUGGAAUGACCCCAAUAUUGGUGGCACAAUUUCCAAUGAUCUAUCAUCAACGAGCAGAGCACUGAGACAUAGGAGAAGAAACGAGAAACAUAAAAGCAAAGGUAAAAGAGUGACAAGAAGAAACAACAGAAUAAUUGAAGACAGUUCAGAAUAUUCCUAUUCUUCCAAUUCUAUAUACACUCUUUACACUGAUAGUAAUUCGAAGACCUCUAUGAAAGAAGUAGAAGAAGAUUUGAAAAAUAACAAAAGAAAAAAAAAACAUAAAAACAUCAAUAUUAUUAGUGAUAAUAAUAACGGGAAAAAUCUCAGUGAUGAUGUGAGAAUUAUUGAUAAAAAUAGUUUUGAAGGGAAAGAAAACAAACAUGUUAUAAAUUUAGAAAACAUCCCUUCAAAUAACGAAGUUAUAAAUGUGGAAGAUGUGCACAGAGAGUGCAUUAAAAAUAAUUCCAUUCGAAAUAAAGAAGUUAUAAACCUUGAUAGUGUGAUAAGUGAUAAUAACUAUCCCACCUUUUUUGGAAAUAAAAAAAGGGCUAGGAACAGGUUAACGUCGAAUAAUAUAGAUGCAAUAUCGAGCCCAGACACUGCAUUUGUUACUUCAGCACGAAGGAGACAUCGUGUAAAGCAUAAUGAAAAGGGAAAUACAUUAAGCAAGAACUCAAGUAAGCACUCCAGUGCAAGUGAUAAUUCUAGAGAAACAAAUACAGAGGGAGUUGACGCUGAAGAAGAGAGUAAAGCACAAACAGAUGCGGAAGGAAACACGAAUGGAGACCCGUACCUUGCUAGGAAGAAGAAUUUCAUCCCAAUGAAAAAAAAAAGAAACUUCAACACGUCCAUAGAUUUCAAACUUAGAAGUAGUAAUAAUAAUAAUAACAAGCAUAAUGAAUGCUUGUUACUUGGAGGUGGUUCCUCUAUAUCUGAAGGGAUGAAUUUUUCCUUUGAUACAAACAUUGAAAAAUUGAAGGAAUUUUUUAGUGCACCAAAACAAGAGGAAAAAGAACAUGCCAUAAAGAGGAGAGAUGAUCAAUACAUUAGUGAUUUGGACUCAGAUUUUGAAAAAUGUAGUUCCAUAUGUUUUUUUAGUGAUAAUUCUGAUUACGGAAAUUAUUCAGAUGAUCUAUUUUACCAUACUCCAAAUGGACGCGCAAAGAGUUCUCGUCUCAAUAAUCCUUUCAAUCAGUGGGAAAUGGAAUUAUGUCGUUACGUGGAAUCUUCUCGUGACAAAAAUACAACAUCUCGUGUUUCCACAUCAUCAAAGGAGUGGGAGAAGAAGGGGCUUAACCCAUCAUCUUACACUCCCCAUAAGUAUAGUACAAAUGGAAGAUAUGCAAAUCCGUGGUACAGUGGCCAUAGGAGUGAAGGCGAAGAUGAAGAUGAAGAUGAGUGGUGGUUUGCUGCUACCUGUGACGCUGAUGAUGAUAAAAACAGUAGGGAUGAUUACACGAGUAAUUGUCGCCCUCUCACACUUCAGAGAAAAGAUAAAGCUUGUAUGGAAAGAAAAAGAAGCCCAUGCUUGCUGAACUUCAUUAAUGAAAAUAUAUUGGUAGAUAAAAAUUUUAAAAUGUACGAACAGGAGUUACAACCAUUACUUCCGAAAUUCUCAAGUUUCAAUUGUUAUACAAGCUGUUUUGAUAAAAUUAAGAUAUCCCCAAUAGAUCCCAUAUGUGUUCAUUUAGGCUUUUUCAAUUACAUUUGUCAGAAGUUAAAAAGUGAAAAUAAAGUAAACUUAAAACAUCUUCUAACUUAUGAUAUUUUGUACAAAGAGUUGAUAAAUUAUGAAAAAAGUAGUAGUAGUGGUAAUAGUAGUAGUAGUAGUAUGGCCUCUGCUUACACUGUUUAUGAUUCUCUCUCUAGUUUGGAUCAUCGGGAAUGGUUCGAUCGCAAAGGGAUUAUAGAAUCCAAUUUAAAUAUCUAUAUAGAUGUAAAAAAUGAACACAGAAAUGAAAUGAAUGAUAGCAUAAAUUGUGGAACAAAGUUAGAAGAACACAUGAACUUCCAAGUUAUAAAUGUGAAUCAUCACAAAAUGUUAAAAAACGAAGGAGUAAAAGGAAUGAAAAAAAAUACAUAUCAUAGGAAGAAUGAAAAAAGUGAAUCCUUCCUUCGAAUGUUAAAAAAUUACACACAUAACAAUUAUUGCUACAGGAUGAAUAAAGCGGAUGAUUCAAUUUUUGAACAUUGUACAGAACUCAAAGGAGAACAUAAAAAUUUUAUCAAAGUAGUUGAAAAAUAUAUAGAAUUAUUUAAACACAAAAGUGUUAAUGCAGAUAAGUAUAAGAAAUGUUAUAUGAAUGCUAUACGUUUUAACAGAACUUACAAGAAAUUUAUGAACACAACUGUCCUAAUUGACAGCAUUAAUGAAAAGAUAAAAAACAAUGACAGAAGAUGCAGCUGGGGAAAUAGAAAAUGCAUAAACGAGAGAAGGACCGUUUCUCGGACUUCCCCAUAUUUUGAGAAUCCAUUUCAUGAACAAAUGAAUGAAAUGAGCAUUUCUCUCAUGUACAAAAUUUUAAAAAAGUUACCAUGUAGAGAAGAAGAAGACAUUGAUAACUUCAUCUAUUACAACAAGAAAAUGUAUGAAGAAAGAAAAGUCAAAAGUUUUUUAAAAACCUAUUUAAAGCAUUAUGAAAAUGUGGAAAAAAAUAAGGAUGAAUUUGAUCAUAGAUUAUUUGUAUAUACAAACAACAAUAGAAUGUUGUAUAUGAAUUCACAUACAAUGAAAUUACUAAACGUGCUACAAGAAAAUUAUUCUAAAAGUUUAGUUAGAGAAAGCUUUAACUUGAUGAAUAAUUGCCAAUUGAAAGGAAGAAAUUGCAUAAUUAAAAAUAUAGAUGGAAUUAAUAAUUGCACUUUUUUGAAUCCGUACGCGUUAUAUUUAAGAUCAUCUGGAAAUUAUGAAUUUCUAAAUUCAAGAAAUGUUCAAAAUUCGUUAUUAUCUAGCUAUGCAAGGUAUAAUGAAUUAUUUAACAUGUUUAGAAAUAAUUUAUAUGCCAAUAAUGCUGCUAGUACAGGAAGUGUUCUAAAUACUGGAACUACGGUAGAUGUAGCCAAUGCCUUAAAUUCUGUCAAUGCAAAUAAUGUUACUAGCUUUUUAAUAAACUAUGAAAAUGUAAUAAGUUCUGGAAGAAAUACAGAAAUUGCAGUGAUAAGUGAGCAUUCUUCUGUUUUUACCAGUGAUCAAUCCGCUAACUAUUUUACAGAAGAUGAAGAAGAAGAUGAUGAUGACGAUGAUGAUGAUGAUUAUGUCCAUGAUGAUUAUGACUUUACUUAUAAUAAUGCAUCUAGCUCGUACACAAGAAGAUAUAGUAGAAGAAAUAGAAGGAAUACUCGCGCACCCAAGCGCUCAAACAGUGGAAAACGAAAAAAGAAUACUAGGAAUAAUAACAACAACAAUAGAAUCAACAACAAUAGAAUCAACAACAAUAGCAAUAGCAACAAUAAUAAUAAUAAUCAUAACAAUACGCCCAGAAGAACAUCCGUGAGAAAUAAAAAAAAUAACGAUAAAAAAAAUUAUAAUUAUGAUCCCACUGUUUAUGCCAAUGUUAGAAAAAGUGAUCGUCUUAGGAAUAAGGAAAUUAACAGACGUGAAAAUAAUUCUACUAGUGGUAUACGCAAUUAUGGAAGUGGUAUAAACCAGGGUGAUAGUGGUAUAAUUCAGAGUGGAAGUGGUAUAUACAAUAACGGCAAUACUGGUAGGUAUCCUAGAAACCCCUCGAAUCAUUCUAGAAACCGAUAUAACACUAGAUCGUCUAACGUGAAUAGGGAUUUUAUCUAA